CAAAGUGCCGGUUGAUGUCAUUUACGUCAAUCAGUUGGUACUUGGUAAAGUUAAUUUGUCAUUAUAUUGUUUACAGUUGUGUGAACAGUAUUCCUUAAAUUUUGUGAUAUAAAAUAGUGGUCAAGAUGAAAGCAGAAGCCGCACCAACUUCUGAUAAACCUAAAAUACCGUUGCCGACGCUUUCUCAGAUCAAUGCCGAUCGAAUAACUCAGCUUGCUAAUCAGUACUGGUCGCCACAAACUAAGGAGAGCCACCUACCUUAUGAUGCUUCUAUUGUGGAAUCAAUCUACCAAGCAGAAAUACUUGGAUCCCAUUUUUCAGUACGUCGGAUCAUGAUGCUGGAGUUCUCGCAGUACCUGGAGAACUACCUGUGGCCACACUACAAGGCGGGAGAGGCGUCGCCGGCGCACAUGAUGUCUAUCAUCGUCAUGAUCAACGAGAAGUUCCGCGAACGUGUGCCCGCUUGGCAGGCUUUUUUGAAGAAGCCGGAGCAUUUCCCAGCUUUCUUCGAGCAAGUGCUGCGUGCCAGUGUGGAAGAUGAUCAGACCACUAGUAAUAUGCGGGAACAGACAGCGCUGUUGCUAUUCCUGAACCACUGCUUCGGUAGUAUGGAGGUGCAACUCUGUCGCGACCAGGUGAAGAGGCUCGUCUCGCUUAGUAUGUGGAUUAGCUUACAAGAAGGUCGCAGAAACCAAGAAUUCAAAAUGGUGCCAAAAUGGCGGAAAUAUUGGCGCGCUAUUCAAAAGAAGGAUAAGCCAGAACUGUUGGAGAAACUGAAUUGGGAGCGACUGUACCUGCAGAGGCUGAUGAUUAAGUUCAUGAGAAUACUUGAGGGUAUUCCUGAAAUUGGAGACAUUGAUGCUCAUGCUGUGAGAUAUUGUGAACGAUUCCUGGAACUGAUGAUUGACUUAGAAGCUCUGUUACCGACGCGGAGAUUCUUCAACACAGUUAUGGACGAUUGUCACUUGGUUGUCCGCAGUCAGAUGGCGCCACUCACACGCAGACCUGAAGGCCAACUGUUCUGUCAAAUCGUGCCUCUACUGUGA